CCACGGUAUCACCCAAUGGGAAAGGGGAAUGAUCGAAUGGCAGUUCCGUGGGCCAAUAAGAGGGCGAAAGAGCGGGGCGAAGACUCAGCCCCCGGGGGGUUGAGGGAGGGGGAAGACGAAGCUUGAAAGACUUGGUAAUGGCGACGGGUUUGUCGGAGCACCAUAACAUGGUGUGGGAAGUGAAGACAAAUCAGAUGCCUAAUGCAGUACAGAAACUCCUGCUGGUGAUGGACAAGAGACCUUCAGGAAUGAAUGACUCACUGGAGUUGCUUCAGUGUACUGAGAACUUGCCAUCCUCGCCUGGAUACAACUCCUGUGAUGAGCACAUGGAGCUUGAUGACCUUCCUGAACUUCAGGCAGUUCAAAGUGAUCCAACCCAAUCUGCCAUAUACCAGCUAAGUUCAGAUGUUUCACAUCAAGAGUAUCCAAGACCAUCUUGGAACCAGAAUACCUCAGACAUAUCAGAAAAUACUUACGGUGAAAAUGAGGUGGAUUGGCUAACAGAAUUAGCAAAUAUCGCCACCAGUCCGCAAAGUCCACUUAUGCAGUGCUCAUUCUACAACAGAUCAUCUCCUGUACACAUCAUAGCUACUAGCAAAAGUUUACAUUCCUAUGCGCGCCCUCCACCGGUGUCCUCUUCUAAGAGUGAGGCAGCCUUCCCUCAUCAUCACUGGAAGGAGGAAACCCCAGUCAGACAUGAAAGGGCAAAUAGUGAGUCAGAAUCUGGCAUUUUCUGCAUGUCCUCCCUCUCAGAUGAUGAUGAUUUGGGAUGGUGCAAUUCCUGGCCUUCAACUGCUUGGCACUGUUUUUUGAAAGGCACACGACUGUGCUUUCAUAAGGGAAGCAAAAAGGAAUGGCAGGAUGUUGAAGAUUUUGCUAGAACUGAAGGCUGCGUUAAUGAGGAAGAUCUCCAAGUGGGCACUCACAAGGGCUAUGGUUCUGAUGGUCUAAAGUUGUUGUCACAUGAAGAAAGUGUAUCAUUUGGCGAGUCUGUACUGAAGUUGACUUUUGAUCCUGGUACAGUAGAAGAUGGCUUACUUACUGUAGAGUGUAAGCUGGACCACCCUUUCUAUGUUAAAAAUAAAGGUUGGUCAUCGUUUUAUCCAAGCCUGACUGUGGUACAGCAUGGCAUUCCAUGUUGUGAGAUCCAUAUUGGUGAUGUAUGUCUACCUCCCGGACACCCCGAUGCCAUUAAUUUUGAUGAUUCAGGUGUUUUUGAUACAUUUAAAAGCUAUGACUUCACACCUAUGGAUUCUUCUGCAGUCUACGUGUUAAGCAGUAUGGCUCGUCAGCGUCGUGCAUCUUUGUCUUGUGGGGGGCCUGGAGGCCAGGACUUUGCAAGAUCUGGACUUAGUAAGACCUGUGGCUCAUCGGGGUCAUCACAGCUCUCUCCCAGUUCUUUGUGUGCUAAAGCCGACAAAAACCACAGCUCAGGGACUGCAAGUGCCACUUCUCCUAACAAGUGCAAAAGACCAAUGAAUGCCUUCAUGCUUUUUGCCAAAAAAUACAGAGUGGAAUAUACUCAGAUGUAUCCAGGGAAAGAUAACAGAGCCAUAAGUGUGAUCCUUGGUGAUAGGUGGAAGAAAAUGAAGAAUGAAGAGAGAAGGAUGUAUACAUUAGAAGCAAAGGCUUUGGCUGAAGAACAAAAACGUUUAAAUCCUGACUGUUGGAAAAGGAAAAGAACCAAUUCAGGCUCACAACAGCAUUAAGCCACGACGCUUGUUCUGAAGUCUGUAGUUACAUAAACACUGACUGUCCAUGGAAGGGCUUAAGAAGAUCAAGGUGUCACCAUUCGUCCUGAAUUCGUGUGACCAUAAGAUACCGAUAGCAAUGAGUCUUGAAAUGAUUUAAUAAUAUGAGUGAGGAUUUGCUUUCUCCAUUAGAGCAUUAAGUAAGCUAAAACUAUCAACAUUGUAAACCAAAUUGCCUUAUUUUUCUUCCAAACUUCGUAUAUGUCUAUCAGGUAAUAUAGGCUUGAAAAUUGAUAUCCUGUGGUGCUAAAGUACAGUAGAAAGAGAGGAGAGUGUAUACAUGUUUUAUUUUAAAUUGUACAAAAGGGGAAUUUAAAAAUAUGUAACUGCUGUUUAUACAUUGGCUCCUUACUGCUUAUUAAUCUGUAUUGUAUACAUAACGGGAUAAAACAGAGCUGGGAAGAGACCUCUCCCUGAGCAGCCACCACACGCUGGGCCGUGCCAAACACGGGAGCUCUAGUCCGGCCAGUGCCAAGCGGCUGCCGGCACGUGUGGUGGGUGGAUGGCGUCAGUGUCCCAACGUGAGAGCCGCCUGCUGCCGCUACCCCGGGCGUGCAGAGUCUUGCACCAGGUGGCAGCACCCAUCCGUCAUUUCCAGCGGAGGCCAAGCCCGGGCCAAGGUCAAGUUAGUUAAUAGCAUUGGGAUAUAGUCACGGUAAUGGUGCUAUUAACAGUUGACAUCGUUGUAUUUUUUAACUUUGUGUUCUGUAUCUCCUCAGCCACGUAUCUUAAAUAUCUUCUUUGUCAUCGUAUCUUUAUGGUGGGGGCAGACUUUGCACUUACUGCAGUGCAACACGUGCACUUUACUUUUCCUCCAGCUGUCUGAGGUGAGAGCAAGUCCCUGGGCGAGACGCUGCUUUUGCUCUGAGCUACAAUCAUGGCUUUUCACGUUACUUACCAAGUGGUGUUUCUGGUUAGGAAUCACAGCUGUAAAAUCGAUUUCAGUUCAUUACACUUCUUCAUGAUGUUGCCCCUAAAUUUUGCACACUAUAUUCUUGUAUAUUAUUUCAAAUAAAAUGGAAAAAAAUUGUUUAUCUCUGA